AUGCGCAGACUCGGUACUGGAUCGGAACUGUUGGAAGCACUGUUCGCCGCAUGUGUCUACGCGGGAAAGAUAGCCGCUCUUGGUGUAGGUCAGUGCGCGGCAAAUGCGGUAAGGCAGUCGAUGUGCGGUCAACCGUUGAUGUCUUCUCGUUCGUUUUACUACGAAAGCUUUCGUGCGUUGAUCCGCAAAGAAAGUGUGCCUGGUGACGUGAAGGAUCUUUUAUACCAUGAAAAACUGUCAAUUCCAUUCCGGAGCAUCUUCUGGAGAGUAAGUUUGCUGCAUCUGAAAAGA